AUGCAGAAAUCUCAUGCAAUGUUGAACGAUAUAGAAACAUUUUCACUUUCACAUCAUACUCUGUUCGAUAUUACAUGGCAUCCUGAAUCAUAUCAUCUUCUCGACCAAGCGAUCAUCGUCUUGAUCAGAGUAAAGAGUCCACAUGCCAGUUUCUUCGCCAUUUUCUUCUUCUUCGUUGACAGCACAAAAUCCCUCCCAUCCCUCGAGAGGCAAUCUUCUGUCUUGUCUGGUGCAGUCGAAUGGACCUGUAAUGUCAGGCUGAGCGUCCAAACGUACUCCAUACUUGACUUUGUAAGUUUGUAUUCCCUCCGACCAAAAACUAAGCUCUCCACAGGAAAUCUACUCAAAGGUGCUACAGAUGCAGACGGCAGUUUAAAACCCGCAGCUGUAAUGGUCGGUAUAAAACUUGAUUUAGAAGCUAAAGUCCACCUAGCGGCACAGGUACGUGGUGAUAUUGUUAUUGGACUUUACCAAGAACAAGUCAUAGAAAAAGUCAUUCCGGAAUUUUGCAUUAGCGAGGACGGAGCAUAUAUUGAUGAGAUGGAUUGGGGUUUUCUCGAUGUUUUGAUUGGAAAGAUUUGUUGUUACUUUUAA